AUGCUCCCGCUCCCUCUCGUAGCGCCUCGCGAUUCGCACGAGCUCUGGUUCGGAUCGUCUCGCCCUCGUCGCUCCUCACCUUCAUCAUACCAACUCGGCGGUCCAUCAGCAGGCGCACACAACUCCGAAUCCGCACGGCGGCAGUCAUCCCAUCACAAUCACCACCACCACCACCAUGCCGGCGGUUCUCGAACACUGGCUUCCUCAACCACCCCCUCCGAUAGCCUGGCCGCAUUACUGUACGAAGAGCGUGCGUUGCGAAUACGAAAAGAGAAUAUUGCCUCGUUUGGAUGCGCCUGGAUCAAGCCCGCGGGAUGUCCCAAGACAAUGUUGGGAAUGAGGGAGGAAGACGCCGAGCGAGAGGAAGGCCUGGCCGCCGCCGCGCAGGAGAUGAAUGCUGCUGCUGCCGCGGAGGCGGCGGCGACUGGAACAGCAGCUACUGGCGCGACAGAUCUCGCUGGUGUUGACGCGUUUGGGGAUGCUACUACUACUCAACAAAACAUGACACAAAUUGGUGAAGGCGGAGAAGGAGAAGGAGGAGAAGAGCUGGAGCGUGAUUUAGACGACGAGAUUUCCGAGGCAGAUGAUGGCUUGGUUGAAGAAGGGGAGGAAGGCUACGAAGAUGACGAAGAUCCUGACGAAGAGCUGAUGGAGCGGAAUCUCGACGAUGAAAUCCCCGAUGGCCUUUCAGAGGAGGACAAUGACAGCGACGAAGAAGAAGACGACGAAGAAGACGAUUUUGACAAUCAACCAGAUCUGGACAAUGAGAUUCCAACCGCCGAUGAGGGGGCAAGUUAUGGCGGGGUCAUGGUUCGUGACUUGGACGAGGCUGUUCCUGAGGCCGGUGACGACGACAACGACUCUGAAGACGAGGACAUGGACGAAGGCGAAUGGCAACACACCGACUCUGAAGACGAUGAAGACGACGAUGACGACAACACCAACGACCCAUUUGCCGAACACUUCCGAACGGCAAGCAACAACACAACAGCUGUAACACCGCAAACCACCAACAGCGCAGUUCGUCGCCGCGCCAUCCCUCUCCCGCCUCAACAACCUCCCACCCGCCCGCGCGAAACAGAAGCUCAACGCCGGUUCCUGCAGCGCUGGAGCGGUGGUGGAGGAGCCGACGCAUUUGAUUCGAGCAUGCUUACCGACGAGGACGACUUGCGCGCAUCGAUUACAAGUCAGGAUAGCGUGCGGCGACAGAGCAGGUUUGGACGGUUUGCGCGAAGGGGUGGACCGAGGGACAGUCUUGAUUAG